AAGAAGGGAUACCAGAAAAUAAAAUCAUGGCAGGAGAAAUCUACAACAUCGUGAAGCUCGUCCCUCGACCGGAGAAGUUCAACGAGCUCGUGGAAGCAUUCAAAACCCUCUCCAAGCACGUCCAGGAACAGGAGCCCAAGACCCAAAUCUACUUUGCCCUGCAGCCGCCCAAGAGCCAGGAGCUGAUUAUUGUGGAGAAAUAUACAGACAUCGACAACCUGAAAGCCCACGCCGCGUCGUCGGAGUUCAAGACAUUCUUCAAGGCUGUGGGGCCGCUGCUGGCGCAGCCUGCGGAGAUCAAGACUUCUUCCUUUGUGGGGGGGUUUGAUGGACGGUCGAAGCUUUAGAGUUUGUCUUCCUGUAGGGGUGACUGCGCCGUUUUGAUGGGUCGUCAGACAAUCUGUUACGAUCGAUAGCGGUGACUCUGCCUGGUUAGCUACUGAGGAAGAAUGGAAGUGUGAUUGGUUUGAUGGCUACUCUUGUAACAAAAAGGUUGUAGAAACCAGGUGUGAUCGAGAAAGACGGCACAUUGCAAAUGUAGUAGCUUGUGUUGAUUUGAUGUUCAAGAUGCUUGCUUAU